GGCCCCAGCUGGGUCCAGGCUGAGAAACGAGGCUGGGCUUCCGUCCACAGCGGCCAUCGCUCCUCCAGCUCAAACCAGAACCAUGAGCGGCCGAGUUGGAGAUCUGAGUCCCAAGCAGGCAGAGGCCCUGGCCAAGUUCCGAGAAAAUGUCCAGGAUGUGUUGCCUGCCCUGCCCAACCCUGACGAUUACUUCCUUCUCCGCUGGCUCCGAGCUCGGAGUUUUGACCUGCAGAAGUCGGAAGCCAUGCUCCGCAAGUACAUGGAGUUCCGUAAAGCCAUGGACAUUGACCACAUCCUUGAUUGGCAGCCCCCAGAGGUGAUCCAGAAGUAUAUGCCUGGGGGCCUGUGUGGCUACGACCGUGAUGGCUGCCCUGUGUGGUAUGACAUCAUUGGGCCACUAGACCCCAAGGGCUUGCUCUUCUCAGUCACCAAGCAGGACCUGCUCAAGACCAAGAUGAGAGAUUGUGAGCGUAUCCUGCAUGAGUGCGACCUGCAGACAGAGCGGCUAGGAAGGAAGAUCGAAACCAUCGUGAUGAUAUUUGACUGCGAGGGCUUGGGACUGAAGCACUUCUGGAAACCUCUGGUGGAAGUGUACCAGGAGUUCUUUGCCCUCCUUGAAGAGAAUUACCCAGAGACCCUGAAGUUCAUGCUCAUCGUGAAAGCCACCAAACUGUUUCCUGUGGGUUACAACCUCAUGAAGCCCUUCCUGAGUGAGGAUACGCGCAGGAAAAUCGUAGUGCUGGGAAAAUGCUGGAAAGAAGGCUUGCUGAAGCUCAUCAGUCCUGAGGAGUUGCCUGCCCAUUUUGGGGGAACUCUGACUGACCCGGAUGGGAACCCCAAGUGUUUAACCAAGAUCAACUAUGGUGGAGAGAUCCCCAAGUCCAUGUACGUGCGGGACCAGGUGAAGACGCAAUAUGAGCACUCGGUGCAGAUCAGCCGGGGCUCCUCGCACCAGGUGGAAUAUGAGAUCCUGUUUCCAGGCUGUGUCCUUAGGUGGCAGUUCGCCUCCGAUGGGGCAGACAUCGGCUUCGGGGUUUUCCUGAAGACCAAGAUGGGCGAGCGGCAGAAGGCUGCAGAGAUGACGGAGGUGCUGGCCAGCCAGCGCUACAAUGCCCACAUGGUGCCUGAGGAUGGGAGCCUCACCUGUGCUGAGGCUGGUGUCUAUGUCCUGCGCUUUGACAACACCUACAGCUUCGUCCAUGCCAAGAAGGUCAGCUUCACAGUUGAGGUGCUGCUUCCAGAUGAGGGCAUGCAGAAGUACGAUGAGGAACUCACCCCUAUCUAGGUGGCACCCCUACAUCUCAGAGACACCCCCCCCCCACGUACCUGUUCUCUGGUAUACCCUACCUUGUUCAUCAUUAGUUUUGCCUACGGUCAUGCUGCUCCUGGGGAGAUUCAUGUGGGGUGGUCAGAUCGGAAGGGUAUUGGAGUUGGGGAAGAGGAAGCAGAAAGAACAAAGACCAGUGGUGGUGGUCACUAAAGGCACAGAAAUGGAAAAUGGGCUCCUUGCUUUAGUUUUAGCCUAUAUCCUAAAGCAUGCGUGUUUGCUUCAUUAAUUCCUUCUCAACAAGCCGCGAGCAACCUGUGUUGGAGAGUUCCUUAUAGUCACAAAAUAAAAGUGAACCAACUGCAGAGAGAAAGAAAGAAAGAAAAAUCCCACAGAAAACACAAAACAACUUUCUUUUACUUUUAUUGUCUACCUGAUGUCUACUACGAUGUCUAGAGUUGGAAGGAAAAUGAGAGAGGAGCCCGCAAUUGGGGCCUAUUUCAGCACCUUGGACAGAGCAGAAGCGGGCAGGUGGGGUGAGAUUGUCCCGGAGACCAGAUCGAAGGCAGGAUUUGGAAAGACAUUAGGAGAUGCCUUAUCUAACCUGGGGCGGCCUGU